UUUUUUUAAUCAGAUUAUAAAGAGGAUUGCCUCCUCCUCGCGUGUUCUUCUUCAAUUCACGUUCCGGCGUCUCUCAGUCUCGAUCGACCGUGCGUUCAGGGAAAAGAAAAACAAUGCCGGGUCAGAAGAUUGAAACAGGUCAUGAGGACACCGUCCAUGACGUGCAGAUGGACUACUACGGGAAGCGAGUAGCAACCGCCUCAUCUGACUGCACCAUCAAGAUAACCGGUGUCAGCAACAACGGUGGAUCUCAGCACCUAGCUACAUUAACCGGCCACCGCGGUCCUGUCUGGGCGGUCGCGUGGGCCCACCCAAAGUUCGGGUCAAUGCUAGCCUCCUCCUCCUAUGAUGGUCAGGUCAUACUCUGGAAAGAAGGCAGCCAAAACCAAUGGACCCAAGCUCACGUCUUCACGGACCACAAAACUUCAGUCAACUCCAUCGCUUGGGCUCCUUACGAACUCGGAUUGUCCUUGGCUUGCGGUUCCUCCGAUGGGAACAUUUUGGUUUUCACGGGCCGUGGUGACGGUGGCUGGGACACGACGAAGAUCGACCAAGCGCAUCCGGUUGGUGUCACUUCAGUCUCGUGGGCCCCGUCUACUUCGCCUGGUGCUCUUGUCAGCUCUGGCUUGCUAGACCCGGUUUACAAGCUGGCUUCUGGUGGGUGUGAUAAUACGGUGAAAGUGUGGAAGCUCUCAAACGGGUCGUGGAAGAUGGAUUGCUUCCCGGCUCUUCAGAAGCACAGUGAUUGGGUGCGUGAUGUGGCUUGGGCACCGAACUUGGGUCUUCCUAAGUCCACCAUAGCUAGUGGCUCGCAAGAUGGGACAGUGGUCAUAUGGACAGUGGGGAAAGAAGGUGAGCAGUGGGAAGGUAAGGUUCUGAAUGACUUUAAGACUCCGGUGUGGCGGGUCUCGUGGUCCUUGACGGGUAACUUGUUGGCUGUGUCUGAUGGGAACAACAAUGUGACGGUGUGGAAAGAGGCUGUUGAUGGAGAGUGGCAACAAGUCACCGCUCUGGAGCCGUAGGUUCUGAAUUACUUUAAUAUGAUCCGCUAUUUCUUACAAAGGAACUGAAUAAAAGACUCUUUUUAUCCUUUUCUCGGGCCGGUUUGGUGGCCUUUAUGAGCGAAUGUGGAUGUGGUUUACUUAACUUUUGUUCGAGACAUUUGGUCAUUUUUAAAAUCUUUCCUUAGCGAUUUUCAUGAAAUAAAAUAGCCUUUAUGA